ACGAGCAAGCCGGGAUGUGGAGGGACGCAGAGAAGAUGAAGGUGUUUAAUCCUUCAGCUCUCUUAUCUCCCCAUUAAAAUCCACCUUUACAGCAUUAAACCCCUCUGGCUGUCACGAGGAUUGCCCACGAGUCCUGGGGAAGACCAUAAAUCAGACUGACCCAGUAGCGAAAGCAAAACCCCUUGCGGAGUACUUUCAGCCUCAGCACACCAAGUGUGAGUGGAGGGGCUUUGGACGUAGAGGAACGGCUAAACUUGAUCGUUUGAACUAUUCGCACCAAUCUAUCUGACAAGAAACCUCAACAAGACCUCCAGGAGAUCCGAGGGUUCAACUCUGUGGAGAUCUCCUCCUCGCGUUGGCGAUCAGACCUCGGGAGGUUUAAUCGCAACCUACCUCCCGUCCGCUGUCCGGGCGGGGAGGUGUUCAUCUCGACCUCGGAGCGAACUCUCGCGAGAACCACCGACGUCACGGGAUAAUGGCUGGAGAUCGCGGAUAUUAGAAGAGAAUAAGAGGAGCUGAAGCUGUGUCUCAACUUCUCAACAUCACUGAUACACUACUGAAACAGCAGAGAUGACUCAUGUCACCAAUCACGGGAAGCUGCUCUUGCAGCGUUUACAUGAGCAGCGGGAGAUGGACUUCUUGUGUGACAUAACCAUAAUGGUGAGAGAUGUGGAGUUCAGAGCUCACCGCAACAUCCUGGCAGCCUUCAGCAAGUACUUCUCCUCCCAGGCUGAAAAAGGUCAAGACGUCACGACCUUGGACCCCGACAAGGUCAGCCGCUACGCUCUGGAGAAGCUGCUGGAGUUUAUCUACACUGGGCAGAUGAACCUCAGCAGCACCAGACAAGCAGCCGUACGUCGAGCAGCUGUGUUCCUGGGAAUGUCCGAGGCCACAAAGUAUCUGGAGGAAAUCCCCCACUCGUCCGAGCCCAGCGAAACGUCGCAGUCAGAGGCGGAUAAAGAAGCUGGUCUCUCUCCUCCCACUCCAGCCUCUCCUGGCAGCCCCAGCUCCCCAGUUCCCCUGUCUAUCGUCUCUGUUGCAGGGGACUGGCAUGAGGAGGGGAAGGAUGGCAAAGGGCAGGAGGAUGAGACCAAAGAAGUAGAUGUGGAAGAGGGAGAGAAAAGCGAUGAAGACUACACCCCCACAACGCCAAAGAGCACUGGGCGCGGACCGGGCAGGAAGAGAGGAAGGCCUAAGAGUUUCAGUAGCGAGCAGGCGGAGCCCAGCAGCUCGGCCGAUGGCCCCCCAAAAACCCAGAGCUACAGGGGAAGAGGAAGAGGAGGUCUGAAAAGUGAAGCUCUGUCUUUAGAAGAUUCCGACACGAGUGUGAAGGACGCCGGAGACACCUCCGCAGACUGGAGCCCCUCGCAGGAGGACGACUCUCCGGCCAAGAAACCUCGACUGAGCAGCGGAGAGGGACGCAGAGGACGAGGCCGGGGGAGGGCAAGAGGCAGAGGGAGGGGCCGGGGCCGAGGCCGAGGCAGGAGGAGGAGGUCCAGGUCCAGGGAGGACGGAGAGGAGAGCGGCUCUGUGGGGGCUGAUGACGAGGAGGAGGAGCUGGGGGAGGUUGGGGAACAGGAUCCGUCAGAAAUGGAUGAGCUGUCGCUGUCGUGCACCGAGUGCAACAAACUCUUUAAAGAUGCCAGCAGCCUGCGCCGACACGAGAAAAUCCACAAGGGGCUGAAGCCGUUUGUCUGCAUGUUCUGCUCUAAAACUUUCAGACAAGCCACACAGCUGAAAACACACCUGCGCAUACACACAGGUGAGAAGCCGUUUUGCUGCUCCGACUGUGACAAGUGUUUUGCUCAGAAGUGCCAGCUGGUCGCUCACCGUCGGAUGCACCACGGCGAGGAGAAGCCUUACACCUGCGAGCGCUGCGGUUUCAAGUUUGCUACCUCGUCCAACUACAAAAUACACAUCAGACUGCACAGCGGGGAAAAACCGUACGUCUGUGACAUCUGUGGUCAGGCGUUCGCUCAGUCCAGCACCCUGACGUACCACAAACGACGACACACCGGAGAGAAACCGUACCAGUGCGAUCUGUGCGGCAUGUCCUUCUCCGUUUCCUCCUCUCUCAUCGCGCACGCGCGAAAACACACAGGUGAGACGCCGUACAAAUGUUCUCAGCCAAAAUGUGACGCGCGUUUUGUGACGUCUUCUGAACUGAAGAAACACAUGCGACGACUUCACCCAGAGGGGAACACCGGUGUGCAGUGCCUGCUGUGUGGGAACCGAUUCGCCAGCGUGAAGAACAUGAUCAAACACCAGGAGAAGGCCCACGCCGAUGAAGUGCGGCAGCACAAGGAGAGAGCCAGAGCGGUAGUCCUCCUGGCCUCCAGUCAUCCCGUGGCCUUCGUCCAGAGCAAACUCUCCCAGGAAAACAAAGGGUUGGUGUCCAUCCCCGAAGGUGAGCCACCAAACCCUGAACCUGCCACCCCCAACCCCAAAGCCACAGCUCCGUCCACAGACGCCGCCACCACCGAGGCCGACGCCGACGCCGCCACCACCGCCACCAUCAUCCAGGGCUUCAAGCCGGAGCCCACUCACCCCGCCAUCACCACCGCGGACCAGGUGACCUUCGACGCCGACCAGGAGCAGCACAUCAACCCGGACACCCUCCACGCCCUGGUGGAGCAGCUGCGGCCGCCGACCUCCCCGCCCGAGGGCCUGGAGCAGAUCGUCAUCAUCAGGACAGUGGACACCGCCGAAAACAACCCUCCUCCGCAGUGAGGCCCGAGCCGCGGCGGGCGUCGGGCCUCACCGCAACCGAGCGUCUCACUUUUUAACACGCAAGCUACGUUCAGCCUGUGUCUGGAUCAAAGUCGAGGCUCAAAUUCCGCCUUUUGCCCCCUCGAAACAGACUUUAAUGAACAUGUGGCGACAUGGAAGUGAAGGAUAAAUCUGGUUUAUUACAACUUGGGUCUUAUUUUCAUAGUUAUGUCCAUCACCUUUACUAGUAAUAAAAAAAAAUCUAUCUAUCUUUUACUAUCUAUACUAUUUAGCUAUACUAUCAUUUAAACCAGAAGUCCGACUCAAUGGAUUUGCUGUUGUCUCCACACAAGGACAGGGCAGAAAGUUAGUUUGGAAAGAACAGAAAUCUCAGCCCUCCUUACCAUAGGAACUGUAAAUUUAGUCCCUGGCGCCGCAAGAGUUCUCAUAGCCCAGGAACUCUUUCAGGGCUGCAUCUAACCGUUAUUUUCGGCAUCAAUUCAUCUGCACCUUGUUUUUCUCCAUUAAAUGUCAGUAAAGAGAAAAAAAAAAAUCCAUCCCACUUUCUCAGAGUCCAAGGUGACGUCCUGAAACGUCUUGAAUUGUCUGACCAACAAUCGAAAACCCAAAGAUAUUCAGUUUACUUUGACAUAGGACAGAAAAACUGCAGAUCUUAAUAUUUGAGGGGCCGAAAACAGCAACUCUUUGGCAUUCUCGCUCGAAAAAGGACCUGAACGACUGAUCGAUUAUCAAAACAGUUGCCCUCUUUUCUUCUUCUUUUCUGACGGUCAAUCGAUCCACUUCUCGAUGUUUUUCUUAUCUCAAUCAAAGCUGAGGCUUUUUAAUCAGUUAUUAAAUCUUCACUAGAGAUGCACAGAUCCAGCCUUCUGGUGCCAAUACUACUGACCCCGAUAAGAGGAUAUGACGUGACAGAUCCACAUUAGUCUCAGUGUCUGUUAAUGUCAGACAGUCCACUGUUGCUGUUGUGUGCGUCCGCCCUCCGCACAGUCGUUUUUAGAAGAAGAGGAAAAGGUUCUGGGAGUUUUUGGUCAAAAGCAGGCUGCUUAAUACAAUCGGCGCUAAAAGGUGGAAAUGUUCUGCAGAGUCUCAGCAUCACUCCCCGUUUAGAGCCGUGUCUCGUUUCAUCGCUCGGCUCCGAUCAACAUGUCAUGUAACAUCAGCGACGUCCGCUAGGAACCCGCUCUGUGCUCGACAUUUCAGCUACAGGUAAAUAACUAACAGGCGAAAAGAAAAAAAAGAAAAAAAAGAAGGUAAUCAGACCUAAAUGUUGAUCAGAUAAAUGUGUAACGGGACAGCCAGUACAACUCUUACAUUGUUUUAAUAGAUAUGUAUGUAGUUAGUAGGAGCCUCGUUAUUGCCAUGAGAUAUGAUUUUUAUUUAUCAUAAAUGUUCACCUGUAAGUGUUUGACAUGUGAUGGUGGCUUUAUUGAUGUAAACACAGCCCUGUUAAUGCAAACCGAGGUUUUUGAUUCAGUGUAAUAUAGUUAGUGUUUUGUUUUUUUUAAAGCAGCUGUUUCAGGUCCUAGCAGAAAUGUUGUUGCUUCAAGUUUGAAAACUGCAUCGUAUACAGUGUUUCUAUCAACUUGAAAGAAGCUGUCUGUUUGUUUCAUGUUUUCUUUUUUCUUUCUUUGUUUUUUUCUUUUUAUUUUGGGUAAAAUGUCUGCAUUACUUGUACAGAAAUGUGAAUUGCAUACAGUACACAGGUUCACUACUGUACAACAAACUGUAAAACAGAACAGGAAAAAUAAAAUAAAAAACAAAA